GAGCAGCAUCAAAGAUACAUGCGCAUCCAGUUUUGAAGAAGACUAGCGAGAUCUAGCCGAAGCCAGAGUGUGAUCGAAGGAAGAAUCCUGAGAGGACGAUGAUGAUAGUUGUGUUGUGAGAUCGAUCGAAGGAUAUUCACAAUUGAAUAAAUCCUAUCUAUCUAUCUGCGAUUGAUUGCAAUUGAGAUCGAUCGAGCGAGCGAUGGAGGCAUCAUCUCAAGAAAGAGACAAGUCCAAUCCUUCUUCUACUUCUACUUCUGCUGCACCCAUUCCUUCUGUUGCUAAUUUCUGGAGAGAGUUUGAUUUGGAGAAAGAAAGGAGCGUAUUAGAUGAACAAGGACUUAGAAUUGCUGAAAAUCAGGAAAACAGCCAGAAGAAUCGUCGGAAGCUUGCAGAAAGCACCAGAGAUUUCAAGAAAGCUCCAGCUGAAGAGAAGCCCAAUUUGUUCAAUUCUUUACUCAGGGGUUAUCAAGAGGAGGUUGACAAUCUUACCAAGAGGGCAAAGUUUGGAGAAAAUGCUUUCCUUAAUAUAUACCAGAAACUUUAUGAGGCUCCAGACCCCUAUCCUGUCGUUGCUUCAGUUGCUGAAAAGGAUGUAAAAAUAGCUGAUCUAGAGUCAGAGAACAGGAAGAUGAAGGUUGAACUUGAGGAAUUCAGAACAGAAGCUACUCAUCUAAAAAAUCAACAAGCAACAAUAAGGCGACUAGAGGAGCGCACCCGUCAGUUGGAGCAACAGAUGGAGGAGAAAGUAAAGGAGAUUGUGGAGAUGAAGCAACGCAGUCUGGCAGAAGAAAACCAGAAAACUCUCGAGCUUCUCAAAGAAAGGGAGCAACUACUGCAGGAUCAAUUGCGACAGGCUCAAGACAGUGUUUCUAACAUGCAGAAAUUACAUGAACUUGCACAAAGCAAAUUGUUUGAGUACCGUGCCCAAUCGGAAGAAGAUACAGCAGCAAAGCAAACAGAGGUAAAUCUACUAAUGGAUGAAGUUGAACGGGCUCAGACUCGCUUGCUCAGUCUAGAGAGGGAGAAGGGAGUUCUACGCUCACAACUACAGUCGGCAAAUGUAGACAAUGAUACCAAGAGAAGUGAUGAUGCGGAUUCAAAUAGCAUCCUGGAGAAUUCAUUAAGUGCUAAGGAAAAGAUUAUCUCUGAACUAAAUACUGAACUUCACACAAUUGAAACCACCUUAUCUAAUGAAAGAGAACAACAUAUUAAUGAAAUCAAGAAGUUGAAUGCAUUGCUCAAUGAAAAGGAAGUUGCCCUUGAGGAAAUCAAGAAAGAGCUCCAAGAACGGCCUACGGAAAAGUUAGUAGACGAUCUGCGCAAGAAAGUUAAAAUCUUGCAGGCAGUGGGUUAUAACUCAAUUGAGGCUGAAGAUUGGGAGGUUGCUACUAGUGGGGAGGAGAUGAGCAAACUUGAGUCUCUUCUUCUUGAUAAGAACCGCAAAAUGGAACAUCAACUCACACAGUUAAAAGUCCAACUCUCUGAAAAGACUUCUUUGGCAGAAACAUCUGAAAUCAAGAUUUCAGAACUUACCUCAAAGAUUAGCGAACAACAAAAGCUUAUACAGAAGUUAGAAGAUGAUAUAUUAAAGGGUUACAGUUCCAAAGAUCGCAAAGGAAAUAUGUUUGAGGAUUGGGAUCUUUCAGAAUCUGCUGUAAAAGAUAGUUCCGAGAAUACAGACCAUAGACAUGUUUCAUCUGACCAAGAUCAAAACUCAAUGCUUAAGGUGAUAUGCAACCAAAGAGAUCGUUUUCGGGCACGCUUGCGUGAGACUGAAGAGGAAAUAAGGCAGUUGAAGGAGAGGAUAGGGGUGCUGACAACUGAAUUGGACAAGACGAAAGCUGAUAAUGUCAAACUUUAUGGAAAGAUCCGUUACGUUCAGGAUUAUAAUCUGGAGAAAGUAGUCUCUAGAGGAUCAAGGAAGCAAUCGGUUGAAGAUCUUGAAAGUGGUUUCAGCUCAGACGUGGAAUCUAAGUAUAAGAAAAUAUACGAGGAUGAUAUAAAUCCUUUUGCAGCAUUCUCUAAAAAGGAAAAGGAUCAAAGAUACAAGGAACUUGGUUUACGAGACAAAAUUACACUAACGAGUGGCCGCUUUCUUCUUGGAAACAAAUAUGCACGAACGUUUGCAUUCUUCUACACCAUUGGGUUGCAUAUUUUGGUAUUUAGCUGUCUCUACAGGAUGUCAGCCUUAAGCAACCUCAGCCAUGGACCUGAAGAAUUUGCUGCCGGCGACAAAAUUAUAAAUCUUCCCCAUGCCAUGUAGCUUAUUACAGUAUACGUACAUACACUUAUCAGACCCACCUCAUAUGUUUUUUACAGAUUAACCCGAACUUCCGUUCAUUCUAUGCUAUAUUCAUAAUGCAAACCUUAUGCUAUGAUCGAUACCUAUUUUAUCAUGUAAAUCAGUAUCUAAAUACGAUUUUGCAAUUUCUGAAUCAAAUACGAUUUUACGAU